UCCUAAUUUGCAUAACACGGUUAUAAAAGGGUCAGGUUCAUCCUUUCUCAUACUUCUUUCCUUGGCUAAGCUUUGUUGGUGGUGUGUGUUACUAUGCCUGAGCCGGCAAAAUCCGCUCCGGCUCCCAAGAAGGGGUCAAAGAAAGCUGUCACCAAGGCUCAGAAGAAGGACGGUAAGAAACGCAAGCGCAGCCGCAAGGAGAGCUACUCCAUCUACGUGUACAAGGUGCUGAAGCAGGUGCACCCCGACACCGGCAUCUCGUCCAAGGCCAUGGGCAUCAUGAACUCCUUCGUCAACGACAUCUUCGAGCGCAUCGCUGGCGAGGCGUCGCGCCUGGCACACUACAACAAGCGCUCGACCAUCACGUCCCGCGAGAUCCAGACGGCCGUGCGCCUGCUGCUGCCGGGCGAGCUGGCCAAGCACGCCGUGUCGGAGGGCACCAAGGCGGUCACCAAGUACACCAGCUCCAAGUGAGUGCCGCUCGUACUUGGCGCUCCCGGUCACCCUUUGCAAAGGCUCUUUUCAGAGCCACCCAUCUCAUCCAAAAAGAGCUUUGCUCACUUCUGUUUUCUUGUCAGAAACAACUAGGAUAAGGUUAUAGCAGAUGGUGCAUGAAGCUUUUUGAGUAUUUCUAAUUAGAAGUUUUUGGUUUGUGA